AUGGCUUCCCUGUUCUCUGGCCGCGUCCUGAUCCGAAACAACAGUGACCAGGAUGAGCUGGACACGGAGGCUGAGCUCAGCCGCAGGCUGGAGAACCGACUGGUGCUCCUAUUCUUUGGUGCUGGGUCAUGUCCGAAGUGCCAAGCCUUUGCACCCAUCCUCCGGGACUUCUUUGUGCGGCUCACAGAUGAGUUCUACGUGCUGCGAGCAGCCCAGCUGGCCCUGGUGUAUGUAUCCCAAGACCCGACGGAGGAGGAGCAGGAUCUGUUCCUCAGGGACAUGCCCGAGAAGUGGCUCUUCUUGCCCUUCGAGGAUGCCCUGAGGAGGGACCUCAGUCGCCAGUUCUUCGUGGAGCGCCUGCCUGCGGUCGUCGUGCUCAAGCCGGGUGGGGAUGUGCUCACGCUCGACGCAGCGGACGAGAUCCGGCGCCUGGGCCCUGCCUGCUUCGCCAACUGGCAGGAGGCGGCUGAGGUGCUGGACCGCAACUUCCUGCAGCCAGAGGACCUGGACGAUCCAGCUCCGCGGAGCCUCACUGAGCCACUGCGCCGUCGCAAGUACCGCGUGGACCCGGCUGCGCUAGGCGCGCGUGGCCGGGAGAGACGGGGCGGCCCCGGGCAGGAGGGCGGGGCAGAGGGUGGGGCAGAAGGGCUGUUCUGA